AUAACUCACCCUAUUUGCCCUGCUAUAGCCUGUCACGAACGACUUUUUGUUUUUCUCUUCCUACACAGGUACCUACAAUCGUAGGUCCGGAUGCUCUAAAAGAGGGUAAGAAUAUCAAUAUUUCAAUAGAAAUACUAAAAGAUAUAGAUAUCGAAGAAUUUCUAUUUCCCAGCUUCACAAUUGGCUUCCGCUUCCAGUUCUCCCUUCUUCUCUUUUCUCUCCCUAGGGUUUCUCUACUCUCUUCGCGCCGCGGCCGCCAAAUCCGCGCGUCUUAUCGUCGAUCGGCUCUCAGAAAUCUCUCCGGCGAUCGGGGCGUCGAAGAAUAUCUAAGCACAAGAUGGCAAUGGAAGUAACCCAGAUCCUCUUAAAUGCACAGUCAGUGGAUGGUUCAAUUCGGAAACAUGCAGAAGAAAGCCUGAAACAAUUUCAGGAACAAAAUCUUCCUGCUUUUUUGCUGUCUCUUUCCAGUGAGUUGGCAAACAAUGAGAAGCCAGUGGAUAGCCGUAAAUUAGCUGGCUUGAUUCUUAAAAAUGCCUUGGAUGCAAAGGAGCAGCAUAGGAAAAAUGAACUUGUGCAAAGAUGGUUAUCUUUGGAUAUGGGUGUGAAGGCCCAGAUCAAAGCAUACUUGUUGCAGACCCUUUCUUCUCCUGUACCUGAUGCUAGGUCCACUGCAUCCCAAGUUAUUGCUAAAAUUGCAGGUAUUGAAUUGCCCCAGAAGCAAUGGCCUGAACUCAUAGGCUCUUUACUGUCCAACAUACACCAGCUCCAGCCUCAUGUCAAGCAAGCAACACUUGAAACCCUCGGUUAUUUGUGCGAGGAAGUUUCUCCCCAGGUUGUUGACCAAGACCAAGUGAAUAAAAUACUUACCGCAGUUGUUCAGGGCAUGAAUGCUUCUGAGGGGAGCCCUGAUGUCAGGUUGGCUGCUACACGAGCAUUGUACAAUGCAUUGGGAUUUGCGCAGGCUAAUUUCUCAAAUGACAUGGAGAGGGACUAUAUUAUGAGAGUUGUUUGUGAAGCGACUCUGUCACCCGUGGUGAAGAUACGACAGGCGGCAUUUGAGUGUUUGGUCGCUAUUUCAUCUACCUAUUAUGAUAAGCUUGCAUCAUACAUGCAGGAUAUAUUUAAUAUUACAGCCAAAGCUGUGAGGGAAGAUGAAGAGCCUGUUGCUCUUCAGGCUAUAGAGUUUUGGAGCUCAAUCUGUGAUGAGGAAAUUGACAUCUUGGAUGAGUAUGGAGGUGAUUUUACUGCUGAUUCUGACAUCCCUUGCUUUUAUUUUAUUAAGCAGGCUCUUCCUGCUUUAGUUCCUAUGCUAUUGGAGACACUCCUUAAGCAGGAGGAAGAUCAAGAUCAGGAUGAAGGGGCUUGGAAUCUUGCAAUGGCUGGGGGAACAUGCUUGGGUUUGGUUGCAAGGACUGUUGGAGAUGACAUAGUCCCUCUUGUGAUGCCCUUUAUUGAAGAAAACAUAACAAAACCAGAUUGGAGGCAAAGGGAAGCAGCAACAUAUGCAUUUGGUUCUAUUUUGGAGGGCCCAUCACCAGACAAGCUCACUCGCAUUGUCAAUGUUGCCCUGAACUUUAUGCUGACUGCAUUGAUGAAAGAUCCAAAUAAUCAUGUCAAAGAUACUACUGCAUGGACUCUCGGAAGAAUAUUUGAGUUUCUUCAUGGCUCAACUGUGGAAACACCUAUAAUAACACCAGAAAAUUGUCAGCAGAUCCUCACAGUCCUGCUUCAGAGCAUGAAAGAUGUCCCUAAUGUUGCUGAAAAGGCCUGUGGCGCUCUCUAUUUCCUUGCUCAAGGUUAUGAGGAUGUUGGUCCAGCAUCACCAUUGUCUCCUUACUUCCAGGAGAUUAUCCAGGCUCUCCUCAAUGUUACCCACAGAGAAGAUGCUGGAGAAUCUCGUCUGCGAACUGCAGCUUAUGAGACUCUGAAUGAAGUUGUGAGGUGUUCGACAGAUGAGACAGCUCCAAUAGUGAUGCAGUUGGUGCCGGUUAUCAUGAUGGAGCUCCACCAAACUCUUGAGGGACAGAAGCUGUCAUCUGAUGAGAGAGAGAAGCAAAAUGAGUUGCAGGGCCUUCUUUGUGGGUGCUUGCAGGUGAUUAUCCAGAAGUUGGGGGCAUCAGAGACAACAAAGUAUGCCUUCUUGCAGUACGCAGAUCAGAUAAUGGAUCUCUUUUUGAGGGUUUUUGCUUGCCGAAAUGCAACAGUUCAUGAAGAGGCUAUGCUUGCUAUUGGUGCUUUGGCAUACGCCACAGGUGCAAAUUUUGUCAAGUAUAUGCAAGGAUUUUAUCCUUAUCUGGAAAUGGGUCUCCAAAACUUUGAGGAGUAUCAGGUCUGUGCCAUCACUGUUGGUGUUGUUGGAGAUUUAUGCAGGGCAUUGGAGGAUAAGAUUUUGCCUUUUUGUGAUGGAAUCAUGACACAACUCCUCAAGGAUCUGUCCAGCAAUCAGCUGCACAGAUCUGUGAAGCCCCCAAUAUUUUCGUGCUUUGGCGAUCUUGCUUUGGCAAUAGGGGAGAGCUUUGAGAAGUAUUUGAUUUAUGCCAUGCCUAUGCUCCAGAGCGCAGCAGAGCUAUCUGCACAUGCCGCGACUGCUGAUGAUGAAAUGCUUGAGUACACAAAUCAGCUCAGGAAUGGAAUUUUGGAAGCUUACUCUGGCAUAUUGCAAGGUUUUAAGAACUCUCCGAAGACCCAGUUGCUGUUGCCGUAUGCUCCUCACGUCCUUCAGUUCCUGGAUGCUCUGUACAACGAGAAGGACAUGGAUGAUACAGUGAUGAAGACUGCAAUAGGUGUUCUGGGCGAUUUGGCUGAUACACUAGGCAGUCAUGCCGGUCCUUUGAUAAAUCAGUCUGUUUCGAGCAAAGACUUUUUGGAAGAAUGCUUGUCAUCUGAUGACCAUUUGAUUAAAGAAGCUGCCGAUUGGGCUAAGUUAGCUAUCAGUCGGGCAAUUGCUGGUUGAUGAUAAUUCCGGUGCCUUAGAAGUCUGCAUAUGCAUUUGGGUCGUGUCAAGUCUGGUCUGGGAUUGCAUACGUGUGUGUCGGUCAUCACCAGUUUCGCACAAAAGGGGUGGAGUCUUACCAGGGGUGGAGUCUUACCAGUUGUUGCUAGCUCAUGCAUCGGCAACAUGGAGUCGGGUUCCCCUUUUCAUUUGCACCAAGAAGUAGGAUAAUUAUGUCCCUUCUCGAAAAAGCUGGAGGGAGCUCUGUUUCUGUUGGCUGCACAGCCUGAGGUCUCAUUUUCAUGGCUUGCAUAAGACCUUUGUGUCACUGUCAGCGUCAGUUAUGCUCAUUGCAUUUUAUUUGUGACCUUCCGAUGCUAUCCUUUUCCUGCGGGCAAGCAAUAUUAGGUUGGCCGUCGCAAGCGAAUAGCACCCAGUGCUAAACAGGAUUUUACUUUCCUCGCAAGAGCAAUUUCUUGUUUCACCAUGCUCUCCUCCACUUUGGUCAAGUUGGAAAUAUAUAUUUCUUGCCCCGGACUCUGCAUUGUUUAGCCUUUUUUUUUUAUAAUCUUCCUUUUUUGGCAUUUUGUCUUGGUCUUGCAUUGUUUCAGCAGUUGGUCUGUCUGCAUUUCAUCAUCCCCCGCCUCUGGAUACUUUGGAGUUACAUGUGGUUUUUGUUGUAAGCAUUACCCAUAUGUAAUCAGGUUUCUAUAUGUUGUUGCGUCAGUCAUUUCAUCAUUUCUACAAGUGUCUUAAGCAUCCAUAUGCAAUUGCAUUGCAUAUAUCUAGAUAAACCUUUGCUCGCCACCCUAUUUCUGUUCCCUUUCCAGUGGGCUCUUCUUCUGAGAUCAUACUUAAAACCGUGUAAGCCAUUAUGAAAGAUAGUUUGCCCGUAUGUAUCUGUGUAGCUUGUUGUUGUUGCACGGAAUGGGGCUUGUGCAAUUUUUCCCCAGCCCUAGUGUUUCAGUCUGCUGGUAAUAUGAAUUUUUUUAUUUGGUUUUGGGCCAUGUCA